AUACAGAAUUGUACUAAGCUGACAUAGAUAGAUACUAAGCUGAGAAAUCUAGUCACUGCUCAGCCACAUAGCAACAAUCUGACACUUUUUCAAUUAGCUUUAUCUUAUACAGGGAAUAAGAAGAAAUGAGCUUUCUCGCGGGAAGACUAGCCGGGAAAGAGGCAGCAUAUUUUUUCCAGGAAUCCAAACAGGCUGUGGGCCGUCUUGCAUCCCAGAAAACCCCAACCCAGAAGAAGCUCCCAUCGCCGCCUUCUGAAGCUUCCUCGGCUACUGAGCAGGAAGCCCAAGCUGACGUGCUUCCCGAGGUGCUGAGGCACUCUUUGCCCUCCAAGAUUUUCCACCAACCCUCUGCAAUGACGUCGUCCCUGGACACAGGCUCCAAAUGGGUUCUUCAAUCUGAUCCCAAGGGUGGCUAUUUUGUCUCUGCUGAGGCUCUCAACCCUCUAAGGGCUUAUCUUUCACUGCCGCAGGUCACUUUUGGCCCCAAAAGGUGGCAACUGCCCGAAUCAGAGAGCUCGGUGUCAGCCUCAACGGCUAAUGAACUGCGCCGAGACAGGCACACCACCCCCAUUAAUCCGGAAAAGUUGAAGGCUGCAACUGAAGGGCUUACACAAAUUGGAAAGGCAUUCGCAGUUGCAACAGCAGUAGUAUUUGGUGGUGCGACUUUGCUAUUUGGAAUGGCUGUCUCAAAAUUACAGUUACAUAAUAGUGAAGAUAUCCGAACAAAAGGGAGAGACCUUGUCGAGCCAAAUUUAGAGAUGAUUCAGGAGCAACUGGCUCCCUUGAGAGCGUGGGCUGAAAAAACGUCGAGGAAAUGGCGCUUGGAAAGGGAAGAAAAUAUACAAGAGAAGCCUAUUAUUAAGGCACUUUCUAAAAUGUUGGGUGCAAAGACAUCCAAUUGACAUUAUCAUUACUUAUUUUUUGGGUUAUAAUCUUUGUAAAUAGUUCUCAGUGGCAUUGUGAAUGGCCGUGGCUACGAAGUUUGGAGGGUGGCUGGACUGGCGGGGAAAGGAAAAAUGAUAGGAAUAGUGCUGUAUGAAUAAAAGAUGCCUUUCCUUGAGGGCAUGAUGUUGUAUAAGUUAUACUAGUUUGCCUGUAUAUACUUGUUUUGGGAAGACUCAACUCUUGAGAAGCCUUUUUUUUUUUUUUUACUUGGAU